GGACGUUCACUCUGGUCUCCGCUCGCGAUGCACGGCUCUGACCCCGACAGGGGGGUCGGGACGGAUCAGCUGUUCGGAGCUGCGGGCGCUCCAGGGCAUGCGAGCGGGUGGGGAUGGAGCACCAGGAGCCGGACUGCCAGAAGCAAUUUGAGGCCGCUGUCAGAGUCAUCCAGGGCCUGCCCAAGAACGGGUCCUACCGCCCCCCCCCCGAGGUGAUGCUUCGGUUCUACAGCUACUACAAGCAGGCGACAGUGGGCAGCUGCGAGGUCCCCCGGCCUGGGUUCUGGGAUCCCAUCGGCCGGUAUAAGUGGGACGCGUGGAACCGGCUGGGGAAGAUGCCCAGAGAGGAGGCCAUGGCCGCGUAUGUCUCGGAGAUGAAGAAGAUCGCUCAGAAGGUCAUCGACACGGUCCCAGCGGGCGAGACGUCUGAGGACACGUUUGGGUUCUUCAAACCCCUCUACGAGGUGAUCCACGACAUGCCCAGCCCCCCCGAGUCCUUCUUCAAGAAGGCUGGUAAGUGUGGGCGGGGGGAGGGCUUGGAAGGCUGGCUGGGCCAGGACUCCCGGGUUCUGUUCGUGGCUCUGCCACUGCCUUGCUGCGAGGGCUUGGACAAGCUGCUUCACUGCUCCAUGCCUCAGUUUCCCCAUCCAUAAUACUUCCUUCUUUGGUUCCCGCAUGCCUCGCCUACGAGGGAACAGCUCAUCCCUUCCAGCUCCCAGCCAUCCUUGCCAGGUACUGAUCUAGCCCUCAUCUCCGUAGUGCCUCACGAUCCACACUGUGCAGGUGGGAAACUGAGGCACUGGGGAGGAAGUGACUGCCCAGGAUCUCACAGGCAGUCUGUGACAGAGCAGGCAUUGGAAUCUGGGUUCCUCUGUCCCCUGCUGCUGCUCUGACCAUUGGGCCUCCCUUCCUCUUCCUGUCACACUGGACGACUGGGCACCGCAGAGCCCUGGCCAGCUGCAUCCAGCAAGCUGGCUCUGCCCGGUGUGGGUGUGAGCCGCGCAGCCUCUCUGCUGCGGGGGCAGAGAGUGGGGAGGGAGAUUCCAGGGACCUGGAGGGGCUGCCGGGGGCCUGGGCCUGAGAACAUGCCCCCUUUCGAUUGCUCCGUGUGUCUGUGAGAGCCUGGGACCCAGCUGUCCCAUGCGCUGGGGAGCUCGGCCAGUCUCCCCUGGGCCGGGGAGGGUGGUUACAUCCAGGAGCCUCUGACCUACCAAACGUCAGCUCCGCUGGCUUCCUCGCCGGGAGGUUCAAACCAGCGUCCCUCCAGCUGUCCCCCGCUGCCCCAGUGUGAGGGCACACGCUGGCUGUGCCCCAGAGGCCGUGGGUCUGGCCAUGGCAAAAGAACCCCAAACAACCCCCCACCUGACUGAGGAGGCGACAGGCGCUCCCCACAUUCCCCUCGCACACCAGAGCCCGGGCCGGCUACUAGAUCUUGUGGGCCCCUCUAAGCUCUAGGGUGGGGCCAAAAUGAGGGGUUCAGUGUGGGGUGGAUGCUGGCCA